GCUGUGACUUGGACAUAGAACUGAAACUCAACAGCAGGGCUCAUUCGCAUGACCUGUUAUGUGUCUCAAUCCCCAACCAAACACGCACAAGCAACCUGAGCAAUUCUUCCAGAAGGAGUCUCGAAACGGCUUGGAUGUCUCGGAAGGCCGGGACGAACAAGUCCACGUUAACACAGUGAAAGUUAGCAAUUGCUGAGACGGAUUGGUUUUUUUGAGCCGUCCCCCACGCUAAUCGUGGAAAAUAGUGGUGUACUCAAGCAUAGUUUCUCGCUGGGGCUUGCGCCGUUCUUUUCUAAUGUCUAGGACUACAUGAAGCCUAAGCUGCGAGAAUGCAGUUACACGUGUGCACCUGUCUCAGCAUUGCAUGUCUCGGCUGGGAAGGGGGGGGGGGGGGAGAGGGCUUUCAUCCUUCCCUUCGCUCCCCUGCAAGUCACUCGCUCUCUCUCUCUCGCCACCGACGAUGUCAUUUCUUCACCCAAGUGUCUCAUCUCGGCACGUCAUAUGCCUCCGUGCAUGCACUCACCACUCGGCCCAGUUGAGCAAAAGGUCGGCACCAGCCAAGGCGCCCCAUACCUGCGCCCCCGCGCGCGCCAGUCAGACUCGGUUGACAGCUGCUGCUAAAUCCGCCCACCACGCAUCUGAGACAGGUCUCUCUCUCUCUCUAUCAAUCAAUUCGUCUGUCCUCUGUGCGAUAGGUUAUUCAGCGAGACAUGGGUUUGUGCAGCAGCCAGAAACGGAAUACUCCGAGGCUCAGCGUCAGGUGUUUCGUCUCACCCGCCCUGACGGAUGUGGGGGGGGGGGGGGGGGGGGGAAAGCGACCACGCACCCGCGCGCGCCCACACAAACGCAUCCAUGCUUAAAUGCUGGAGAUUCGCUGUGUGCUGAUGCUGUGUUCAUGCCCUGGACCAGAUUCAGAGAAGAGCCCAAAGGGAAGAACAAACAGAUAUCAAAAAAAGGUAAACUGACGGCCAAGCAGAUCCGGCAGGUCCCGUGGCAGGCAGGGCGGGCGCGUCUCGGUCCACAAAACUCCGCCCUUCUCUUGCACGCUACGCUAGCUAGCUAGUACUCAAUCACGGCACGCCUGGUGGGUGAGUGAGCAUUUGCUGCUCAGGGACAGGGGGGUGCGGAGAGGGGAGGGGGAACCUCUAGCAGAAGAGGAGACUUUGGCUGGUUGGAGUCGGCUGCAGUUGACAGGUGUUUGGAUGGUGGGUGCUCAGACCUAAAAAUGGGAACCCCUGGGUUGCUGGCGAUCGCUUACCCUUUUAAGUCUACAGGGCCCAAGGUCCGCAACGAAGAACGCCGGCUGGCAUUGUUCUGAUGUGAUGUG